AUGUUGACAAAAAAUGAAUUAACGAAAUACAAUCACUGGUGGCUCACAUGGGCCUGUUUCCCCGUUAUUGCGGGAACACUAUGUGCUAUGGCCGUCAUGUUUAAUAUAUGUGCAGUAGCCCAAGGAUGGCUGGAGAUAGUAGAGGUUGAUGGGAGUACAAGCACAGUGCCGCCGUCAGUUUGGUUCAUUGCUCUCAAGGCGGUAUCAUUGACUUUAGCAUCCAUUACAUACAUUGGGUUUAUCCUUACCAUGACAUCAAAACAUAACCCAACCAAAGGAUUUAUUGCGACGAUAUCGGGUUGGCUUGUCGCAGCGACGGUGUUAUUCAGCCUCAUAGGUGUCAUGGUUCGACAACAUCGAAUCAUCCAACCGCCACAGUCAUUGCAGUAUACGCAGAAUUUCUUCUAUGGGAUACUAGCUGCAGGUCUUUACAUUCUGAUAGCAAUCUUCCUGGCUAUUUACACCUCUAGCACGCACUCUAUCCAUCUGACCCGCGAGGAAAGGCGAAAGAUUGAAUGCACAAGUAUCAUCCUGCGAUCUAUCACAUUUGCGAUUUUUCUUAUCGGAGGCGCCGGUACAUACAGUGCCGUUGAAAGCUGGUCUUUCACGGAUUCACUAUAUUUCACAGAUUAUACGCUCCUUACUAUUGGCAUUGGGAAUUUUGCGCCUAGAACCCACCUUGGGCGAAGCUUGCUAUUUCCAUACGCCACUGCAGGAAUUAUCAUCUUGGGCCUCCUCAUUAGAUCUAUAACAUCGUUCGCAAAAGGAUUGAGAGAUAUGAAGCUCAGGCUCAGGCUUGAAGAGGAGCGAGGUAAUUUUCAUGAACGAAGGGACUUCGGUGGUUCUAUUGACCAAACUCACGAAAACAUCAAACAAUCUUCCCAUGUGAUUGACAGUGCUCAAUUCCCAGGGACAAGUGAAAUUACGAACUUGCACCGCGUUAAAUCUGACUUUUAUCGGAGAUACCGCUGGAAGGCCCUUCUACUGUUUUUGACAUCAUGGUUCGUCCUUUGGCUCGUCAGCGCCGUUAUUUUCAGGCGAUCCGAAAAGAGCCAGAACUGGAGUUACUCUACAGCCCUGUAUUUUACCUAUAUAUCCCUGACAACUAUCGGUUACGGUGAUCUCUAUCCCACCAGCAAUUUUGGCAAGGCUUUCUUCGUCUUCUGGUCUCUAAUUGCUAUACCUGUUCUAACGAACCUCGUCACUGCCAUGGGUGAUAUUAGCCUUCGUGCGAUUGUCGAUUUCUUGAGUUAUAUGUGGAAAUUUGGGGCUUUAGGAGUGGGACAUAUACUGCGGCGUAAUAGGCAUACGAGCAAUUCUCGCGCCAGUGGAAAACGAAAUAUUAAUGAUGUCCCGAAUCCAGAGUCACUAGCCUCAGGAACCGAGUUGGAAAAUUAUGCUUGUAGUUCAUCUGCGGGCUGUCAAUCUACAAAAUACUUCCAACCUAUAGGUAUAACAGGCAGUUCUGCUACCAACGAAAUAGAGCUCGGUAAUGUGAAGAGUGAAACCAGUCAAAACAAGGUUUUGCUUGUUGAAGAAAUUAUGAAAAUGGUGGCUGCUCUUAGGAAUGGGUCUGUCGAAUACGAUCCAUCUGAUAAUUGGACUAGAAUCCUUCCCCUUCUGCAUGCAGGGGAAGCGAAAGGACCAGAUUCAGCGCAAGUAACGCGUCCUGCGGUCUUUCAAGCCCCUGAAAAGGACACGACGAGGAGGGCUAUGAGUUCCGAGAGAGUGCUAGCUGAUAAAAAUGCUGAACUUCUUUGGAUGCUACAAUUCAUGGUGGAGAAGCUUUAUUUAGAUUUAAGGGAGGAAGAAUUGUAUAGGAAGGUAGAGUGA